UUCGGCCGCACUCUGUUGUGCCCCCUCUGUGGUGCGUUGGUGUAGGGUGGGAAAAAAAAAGAGGAAGAAGGAAUAUGGUUUCAUGUGACGCUCCUCCCGCUGUAGCGGAUCUCUGGUAGAGGCUGGGAGGAAGAAGGAGGCUGCGUGGAUCGGUGCUCAACAAAACCGCUAGAUAACUGAACCGACCGCUUUCCUCGGCACCGAGCAAACGUAGAGGAGCACCGAGGAGACAUAAAUGGUGGAGGCCGUGGUGGAGUUUGACUAUGAGGCCCAGCAGGACGACGAGUUGAGCCUGAGCGUGGGCGACGUCAUCGUGAACAUACGGCGAGACGACGGAGGAUGGUGGGAGGGCGAGCUGGGAGGUCGCCGGGGGCUGUUCCCCGACAACUUUGUGCGGGAGAUCAAGAAAGAAGCAAAGAGAGAUGGAGGACAGGCGAGUACGGUCAAAUCGGACCUCUCCAACGGCCGGGCAAGUCCUGUUUCUGAACCCAGCACGAGAGCGGGCAAGAAAGGGGAGCAGAUCCGUAAGCGGCGGUGCAAAGCAGCAUUCAGCUACGUGCCUCAGCAUGAAGACGAGCUGGAACUGAAAAUAGGGGAUGUCAUUGAGAUCGUAGCGGAGGUGGAGGAGGGUUGGUGGGAGGGAGUCCUGAACGGCAAGAGCGGCAUGUUCCCCUCCAACUUCACCAAAGAGAUCCUGCUAGAGUCCGACGGGACCUCUGGAGACACUUCGCAGGAGGACCUUCGCAGCCGCACCAGUAAGAACAGUCCAGGCAGCGAAAGCGAUGGAGGGGACAGUCUAAAGUCUGAAACGGGCUCGGUGGAAAUCCAACCCAAAAAGGUCAGAGGCUUCGGGUUCGGCGACAUCUUCAAAGACCAGCCCAUCAAGCUCCGCCCUCGCUCCGUGGACGCCGACUCUGAGGGAGACAAGGGUGCUGAGGGUAAGACGGCGAACGCCACUCCGGACACCAUGAAGGGUGACCCCGACAGCAGAGCAAAAGGACGAGAGCUGUGUAAAGUCCUGUUUCCGUACGAAGCGCAGAACGAGGAUGAGCUGUCAAUCAAAGAGGGCGAAAUCAUCACCAUUAUCACCAAGGAGUGCGCCGACGCCGGUUGGUGGAUGGGGGAGGUCGGCGGCAGGAGGGGGGUCUUCCCGGAUAACUUCGUCAAGCUGCUGGAAGCCGAGAAAGAGAGACCAAAGAAGCCUCCUCCUCCCAGCGCCCCGUCAGCCAAACACACGGCAGACAAAAAGACGGAUGUUAAGAAAGUUCCACCAGAGCGGCCCGAGCACCUGCCGCAGAGGGACCAGGAUCGAGGUGAUGAGGUGAAGGUGUGCGACCUCCCUAAGCCGUCCCUCCCGUCCGUCCUCCCCAAGAAACCCUUCCCCCCAAAGACAAGCUCCUCCUCCACCUCACAACCCCCGAGACGCCCCGAGAGACCGCCCACUUUGGCGUGUGAAAGCCCCAAGUCUGAGGGCGGGGCUUCUACGCCUGAGUCUGCCCUUGAUAGGUCACAUGACACUGAGCUAGACCUGGACGCCGUCGUCUCGUCAGCGGAGAAGCUCAGUCACCCGACGGCGUCCCGACCCAGGGUCACAGACCGCCGACCUCGUUCACAGAUCAUCACAUCGUCAUCGCUGUCCAACGCCGAUGUGGACCACCUGGCAACGGAGGACAGGAAGGAGCGGGAGCGAGCCAAAGAGGAGCAAGAACCAGUCCAGUCCACCAGGAAAGGAGUACCUGUACCUGACAUUAAAGUGCCAGUGGCCGCCAAGUCCUCCUCGUCCCUGAACCCGCCCAACAGUGGUGGCAGCGGCGGCCAUCGCCCCGCCUCUCCGUCUUCCUCCUCGGGUCUUAGCCCCUCCCCAGAGCUGCGGCAUUCUCCUAUGACUCCGCCCACGCUGGAGGAGCUCAAGAACCAGCUGCGUGAGUUGAGGACGUCCGUGGAGCUGCUGAAGAGCCAACACAGGCAGGAAAUGAAGCAGCUAACAAACACGCUGGAUGAGGAGAAAAAAAUUCGACUCAGUUUACAGAUGGAAGUGGAGCACAUAAAGAAGAAGCUGUCCAAAUGAGCGGACGCCCUCGCCAAAACGUUUGUGCCAAAUGAUCAACGUCGAUCCGACAUCAGCAGCAUCAUGGACUCAUGCCCCACCCCCCCACUCCACUACUUCAAACCACCCCACCCAACAUGAUGUCGCCUUACCUUGUGUUUACUUUUAUUUCUAACGCGCCUUCUCUCUCUCUCUUUUUUUUUUUUUUUGGUUUUAAUGCUAUUUGGUGUCGCUAGUACUGUCGGAUGUGGAUGCUGUGUUGCCAUGGCAACGACGGCACUCUCACCGGUACUGGUGUGAAGUGGGCGUGAAGGCACCUCGGAACCCCCGCAGGCCGGUUGGUCGGUGUCCACGCCGCAGCCUUCUCGCCUCUACACUCUUAUGUGUGUGUGUGUGUGUGUGUUCAUGUGUGUUUAUGUGUGUGUGUGUGUGUGUGUGUGUGUGUGUUCAUGUGUGUGUGUGUGAGAGAGAGUGAGAUGCUCACUUUUACAAGAGAGGCACAUUUUAGCCGAUUCCGGGUCCAUGACAUUUUUUAUUGCCAUUUUAUCGUUAAUUAAAUUUUGUUAGUUGCUAAAUUCAAGAAUGGACUCCAUCUUGUAGCACAAAUAACGGCGACAUUGUUAUAGCACAAUAAUUGAAAGUACAGUUUGAUAAGGCAGGGAAUCCAGCAGGGGGCAGCACAUCAUAGGUUGCAUUACAGCGGGUGUACAUUCCAUAAUGAUGAUUCCUGAGACAGCGAGCGCGCCCUCUGCUGGUAUAACAGAUAUAUAACAUAUAUGUCACCUUUACUCAGCCUCCCAAUGAACUCAUAACGCAUGAGCACAACUACGGAGUAUGAAAAAAAAACUUUAUAAUUGUCUACUUUUUCUUCAUACACACACAAAAAAAAGUUUAUUUUGAAAAUAAAAUGCACUUUUUAAACACCCACCCUCUUUAAUGGACCUAAUAAGAGCCCACGGAAGUCAAUGAUGGGAUGUUUUCUUUAGCAGUCUGUGACAUUAUAGCAAAGGGUUUUAAAGGAAUGUAGUCUGUGAAGGUGUGUGUGUGUGUAUGUAUGUGUGUGUGCUAGCAUGCACGGCUUCCUCCUCGCUAUACUAUUAUGUAUGUGCACAGAAAUCUAUGGCAACACAUCACUGUGGCCUUCCUCUUUUUUGACUCGUUUCUUUCUGUCACAACAACAAAAGAAAACAAGAAGGUUGCAAAAUUGUUUUCUUUUUUUCUCCAAGAUAGUGAUUAAAAGAAUAAGAAGAUAUAUAUUCUUUUAUAUUUCAGUGUUAAUAAAGUUGCUAUUAUGUACUGUUAUGUGUGGAUGGGU